UUCCAAAGGGCUCCUCGGCGCUGGCAGCGCUAUGACAAGAGCCGUGCUUCUCGGGGCGGUGCACGCCGCAGGCCUCGGCUCCGGCUUCCCCUUCUCGCACCGCCUCUGCUGCCUCAUUUCCUGCAGCGCAGGCGGAGGAGGAAGGUUUGCUGCUAGCUUUUCUCUGCUUCCCUCUUGCCCGGCUCCGCCGAAUUACGUCCUGCCCUUCGAGAUGCCGGCUUACCACUCAACUUUAAUGGACUCCGACACCAAACUAAUUGGGAACAUGGCGCUGUUACCCAUCAGAAGCCAGUUCAAAGGCCCAGCACCUCGGGAAACUAAGGACACAGAUAUUAUAGAUGAAGCCAUCUACUACUUCAAAGCUAAUGUUUUCUUCAAAAAUUAUGAAAUUAAGAACGAGGCUGACAGAACGCUGAUCUACGUAACUCUAUACAUUUCUGAGUGCUUGAAAAAGCUGCAAAAGUGUAACUCCAAAGGCCAAGGAGAGAAGGAAAUGUACACUCUAGGAAUCACUAACUUCCCAAUCCCGGGGGAGCCUGGCUUCCCACUUAAUGCCAUUUACGCCAAACCUGCCAACAAACAGGAGGAAGAGGUGAUGAGGGCCUACCUGCAGCAGCUGAGGCAAGAAACUGGUCUUCGCCUUUGUGAAAAAGUAUUUGAUCCUCAAAGUGACAAGCCUAGUAAGUGGUGGAUCUGCUUUGUGAAGAGACAGUUCAUGAACAAGAGUCUGUCGGGUCCUGGGCAGUGAAGAGGCAAAGUAGCAAGAACAUGAAGCAUUUCCACAGCAAGGUGUUUAAGUAUCUUGCCUUUGUUUUGGAUAAAUUUUGUACUAAGGAAGAAUUAAGUGCUUAUGAAGAAAAAAAAAAAAGAAUAAAGAAAAAACUCCGCAAACCAGUCAAUGAGGGAUAGAGGGAGGAAGAGCAAAAAGGUAAUUUGAGUAGUGUAAGAAAAUAUCAUUAAGCUGGUGCUUAAUAAGUGAUUUCUAACACGUUGUUUUAGAUGCAAGCUGCUUUAUUAUCAGUGGCUACAGCUAGCAUUUAAAACAGGGCUUGUACUUAAGAGAAGAAAUGGGUGUGCCUGUGGGGCAGGGGGAGCUCUGUAAUUGCUCUACUGGCUAGAGUCUCAGUAUCCUAUGUCCGUGGAAAAACAUGCCUCUCACGCUGUGUUGUCAAGUGCAGUGAUUUUUACCUUGUUUUCAAUAAACUUAGCUUGUAAUUAA